GGGUGCAUUUUUGAAAGCUAUGAAGCCGUUCUCUGCUCCGGUGAGCUAAACUCAGGAAGUACAGUCCCAGACAAAUGCCACUGAGGCUACUCUAGGUUCGUUGUCUCAACCUAGGUUGAAUAUAGAACCACAGAUAAGGAGUCUGCAGUGAAGGGGAAGCGAGAAUUCGCCAGGGGCUUCAGGCUCUGGUGGGUCCCCUGGGAGACCCAUGGAGACUAAGGGAAUCUUUGGGGAUUUUUAGCAUCUCCAAUGAGCCCAAUAAGGGGUCUGCAGACUCCCUCAACCCCAAAGUAGAAGUGAUCAAGCUACUGGUCUAUUUAGGAGGGGGAUGGUCUGGAAAGAAAAGGGAUUAGACUGGGCAUGGGUGAAGGCUAACAAAGUAAGUGUGCAUAGACUGUGGUGUGGGGUGUCAAAGCUAGACCAAGGCAGGCAGGCCCCAGGAGAUACUGUGCUAAAGUAGGUAUUGGGACUCAGCUGAACAGCCCAAGGAUCAGAGAGACAAGAGCAGUUACCACCUCCAUGGUUCCAUCAGAGACUCCAACCCAAAGCCCAGAGGAAUGUAGCCCAAAGGAAAUGUUGCUUCCCCAACCUCUGACCAGGAAUAGAACUGGGGUCAUAUGAGAGAGGGAGUCCAGACUGGGGAUGGGGCCUGGGUGGAACAUCUGAUCCCUUGGAGGAACAUGUGUUUGCGGGGUUGGAUAGGUAGCAGUCACUCCUACUAGGAAGUCCACCUGUAAAUCUGACCACCUUCCUUCGCUGCAAAGGUCUUGGGACAUCAGAUGCCAAGUUCCCAACUUCCCAGGCUCCAACCUCUAGAAGCCAGGCCAAAGCGUGGGAAGCUUCAGGGAGUUGGAAUUUCCCUCUCCUGGCAGCAGGCCUGAGUGUCCCUCCAGAGCUGGCAGUGGGUACCGGCUGCUGGCAGGGCCAGCCUUCUCUCCCUCCUGUACCAUUUUGUGCUCAGCACCUAGCACCUGUCACCUGUCCUCUAGAGGGAGGGAGCCUGCAGUGGGGUUUGUCCUUAGGGUAGUGAUGGUGAGGGGGUGUGAUACAUGCAUCCUGAGGUGUGUGCAUCUGUGCACUUGUAGGUAGGAGUGCAAACAUUCUUCCAACUGGUUCACAUCUUCAACCCCACACACCAAGAUUGUUUUGAGUCUAGGUCUUGCUGUGAUGAUGGCUUGGAACUCAGCCAUUCUCCUGUCUUGGCCUCCUGAGUGCUGGGGUCACAGAUGCAUGUCACCGCACUGGUGAUCUUGAUCCUUCCUUCCCUACCUUGCCAGCCCAGAGACAGUACAGCAUGUGGUAAAGAUACAAAACCUGAAGCCACAGUUGCUGUCUCAGUUUCCCCACCUUCGAAAUGUUAAAAUGGAGCUAAUAACAUCUACCUCUGGGGAUUGGGAGUGAGGCCGUGUUUUGGCGUGGCAGGGGCAGUGGGAAUGGUUCUCGUCGUACCUGGGCACUCUAGUGACAGUUCCCUGUCUUCUGUAAGGUGCUCUGAGCAGGCUGAGCUGUGAACUUGGAAAGAUCUGCCGCCCGACAUUCCUUCCCCCACUUCCCCCAGGUCUGCCAGCCUGUGGCUAUUUGUAGCGAUGACUGCAUCUCUGGGCCCUUGUAUGGACGGGAUGCUGUGCGUGUGUGAUCAAGGAGGGGAACUGGGAAACUACAGGACAGACAGGUGUAUGUACUUGCGCCCUCCGUCGCUGUCCUUGGAUUCUAGUGCUGAACCCCGAGACUGGGGCAACCUGCAGACCCAGCCCUGCCAAGCCCCUCGGCCACCCACUAGCUUCCUUGGCCACGCCCCAUUCUGGGCUCCUCCCUCUUGCUCUUUUGCAAGGCCUCGUCUCAGCUUUGUGGCCCCGCCCCCAACUGCCUGGCCACGCCUCCUCCUAUUGGCUCCUCCUUCGGCGGAUUCCCCAGCCUGAGCUCCCAGGCCUCGCUCCCUCCCAUAAGCCCUGCCCUCUCCUGGCUCCUCCCUCUUUUCCUCCGGCCUCUAUAUUCCUCCUCCUGGUGGUCCCUUCCCUAGCUCCCCUGUGCCCACCCUCUCUCUUCCUUCAGCUCCUCCCUCUUCCAGGCUGUCCCUGUCCUCCAACCACAACUACCCUAUUUCCACACCACCCUUCCUAAAUUUCCUCUCUCCCACCUCCCGGUGGUCCUUUUCCCAGCUCACUUGUCCCACCCCCUCUCAUCCGCGGCAUCUCCCUCCUUCAGCCUAGUCCCUCUUUCCCGGCUGAUUCCCCCGCCCCAAUUCCUCUGUUCCCGCCCCCUUCCCCCGGCUUCCUCCCAAGCUGUACUCCCCUGCCUCUCCAAUCUAGCCCCCUCCCCGGGGCUGCUUUCUCAGCCCCCCCCCUUCCUCUGUCCCCGCCCCCUCCCCUGGACUCCGCCCUCCUCCCAGCCCCUCCCCAGUUCCCCUCCUAGCAUCCCCUCUCUUCCCUCCUCCCUGCUCUCCCUCAGUCCCCAGCUCCUCUCCCUCUUUCUCCCUUUCCUCCUCGGGCGGAGGCGCCCACUGCCGGGGGCCCAGCGGGGACCGGCCCGGCUGCAAAGCAGGACCUGACCACCCCCCAUGGCUCCCUUGGCUUUGGUGGGGGUUGCCCUCCUUCUGGGGGCACCCCACUGCUUGGGGGAAGCUACUCCGACCCCAUCCCUGCCACCUCCCCCAGCUAAUGACAGCGAUGCCAGCCCAGGCGGCUGCCAAGGUUCCUACCGCUGCCAACCAGGGGUGCUGCUGCCUGUGUGGGAACCCGACGACCCAUCACUGGGGGACAAGGCUGCACGGGCCGUGGUGUACUUUGUGGCCAUGGUCUACAUGUUCUUGGGUGUGUCUAUCAUUGCUGAUCGUUUUAUGGCAUCCAUUGAGGUCAUCACAUCCAAGGAGAAAGAGAUCACCAUCACCAAGGCAAAUGGGGAGACCAGCGUGGGCACUGUACGCAUCUGGAAUGAAACGGUGUCCAACCUUACACUCAUGGCCCUGGGCUCCUCAGCACCUGAGAUUCUGCUGUCUGUCAUCGAGGUCUGUGGCCACAACUUCCAGGCGGGUGAGCUAGGCCCAGGCACCAUCGUGGGCAGUGCCGCCUUCAACAUGUUUGUGGUCAUUGCUGUGUGUGUGUAUGUCAUCCCGGCUGGUGAGAGCCGUAAGAUCAAGCACUUAAGGGUCUUCUUCGUCACAGCCUCUUGGAGCAUCUUUGCCUAUGUCUGGCUUUAUCUCAUUCUAGCAGUUUUCUCUCCAGGCGUGGUCCAGGUGUGGGAGGCACUGCUCACGCUGGUCUUCUUCCCGGUGUGUGUGGUGUUCGCCUGGAUGGCGGACAAGCGACUGCUCUUCUACAAGUACGUGUACAAGCGCUAUCGCACCGACCCUCGCAGCGGAAUCAUCAUCGGGGCAGAGGGAGACCCGCCCAAGAGCAUCGAGCUGGAUGGCACAUUCGUGGGCACUGAGGUCCCAGGCGAGCUGGGUGCAUUGGGCACAGGUCCCGCUGAGGCGCGUGAGCUGGACGCCAGCCGGCGCGAGGUCAUCCAGAUUCUUAAGGACUUAAAGCAGAAGCACCCGGAUAAGGACCUGGAGCAGCUGGUGGGCAUCGCCAAGUACUAUGCACUGCUGCACCAGCAGAAGAGCCGUGCCUUCUACCGCAUCCAGGCCACGCGGCUGAUGACAGGUGCGGGCAACGUGCUGCGCCGACACGCUGCGGAUGCUGCCCGCAGGCCUGGGGCCAACGAUGGUGCCCCCGAUGAUGAGGACGAUGGUGCCAGCCGCAUCUUCUUUGAGCCCAGCCUCUACCACUGCCUGGAGAACUGCGGGUCAGUGCUGCUGUCGGUGGCUUGCCAGGGUGGUGAGGGCAACAGCACCUUCUACGUGGAUUACCGCACGGAGGAUGGCUCUGCAAAGGCAGGCUCCGAUUAUGAGUACAGCGAGGGCACGCUGGUGUUCAAGCCCGGGGAGACGCAGAAGGAGCUGCGCAUCGGCAUCAUCGACGACGACAUCUUCGAGGAGGACGAGCACUUCUUCGUGAGGCUGCUGAACCUGCGUGUGGGCGAUGCUCAGGGCAUGUUCGAGCCCGACGGCGGUGGGCGGCCCAAGGGGCGGCUGGUGGCGCCACUGCUGGCCACCGUCACCAUUCUGGACGACGACCACGCGGGCAUCUUCUCCUUCCAGGACCGCCUGCUGCAUGUGAGCGAGUGCAUGGGCACCGUGGAUGUGCGUGUGGUGCGCAGCUCUGGCGCACGUGGCACCGUACGCCUUCCCUACCGCACAGUGGACGGCACGGCUCGUGGUGGUGGUGUGCACUACGAGGAUGCUUGUGGAGAGCUGGAGUUCGGCGAUGACGAGACCAUGAAGACUCUUCAGGUCAAGAUAGUGGACGACGAAGAGUAUGAGAAGAAGGACAACUUCUUCAUCGAGCUGGGCCAGCCCCAGUGGCUUAAGCGGGGCAUCUCAGCUCUGCUACUCAACCAAGGGGAUGGAGACAGGAAGCUGACUGCAGAGGAGGAGGAGGCCCAGAGGAUAGCAGAGAUGGGCAAGCCAGUUCUUGGGGAGAACUGUCGCCUCGAGGUCAUCAUCGAGGAGUCUUAUGACUUUAAGAAUACGGUGGAUAAACUCAUAAAGAAAACAAACCUGGCCUUGGUGAUUGGGACCCACUCAUGGAGGGAGCAGUUUUUAGAGGCAGUUACAGUGAGCGCAGGGGACGAGGAGGAGGAUGAGGAUGGGUCUCGUGAGGAGCGGCUGCCAUCCUGCUUUGACUACGUGAUGCACUUCCUGACGGUGUUCUGGAAAGUUCUGUUCGCCUGCGUUCCACCCACGGAGUACUGCCAUGGCUGGGCCUGCUUUGGUGUCUGCAUCCUGGUCAUUGGUCUGCUCACUGCCCUCAUCGGAGACCUGGCCUCACACUUUGGGUGCACCGUGGGCCUCAAGGACUCAGUCAACGCCGUGGUCUUCGUGGCUCUGGGCACCUCCAUCCCUGACACGUUUGCCAGCAAGGUGGCCGCGCUGCAGGACCAGUGCGCCGACGCGUCCAUCGGUAACGUGACCGGCUCCAAUGCGGUGAACGUGUUCCUGGGCCUGGGUGUGGCCUGGUCGGUGGCCGCAGUGUACUGGGCGGUGCAGGGUCGCCCCUUCGAGACAUCAACCAAGCCACACACCCCUGCUGUCCUAUACUGUUUCCUGGGAUCAAACGAGCUCAUGGAGGAACAGGGCAACUCCUGAGACCAAUGCGAGGGGUUGGAGAGAAGGCCCAGCCAUUAAGAGCAUGCAUUGCUCUUGAAGAGAACCCAGCACAGGAGUCACAAUGUCAGAAAGCUCACAAGCACCUAUAAUUCCAGCUCCAGGCGACCUGCCCUUCCUCUUCCGGCCUCCACAGGCACCUGCACUCUGGUACACACACACACACACACACACACACACACACACACACUUUAAAAUACAAUACAAUAAAAUAAAAAACUUGUUUUUUUUUCAAGUCAUGGUUUUUCUGUGUAGCCCUGGCUGUCCCAGAACUUAGUCUGUAGACCAGGCUGGCCUCAAACUCACAGAGAUCUGUCUCCCUCUGCCUCUCUAGUGCUGGGAUUAAAGGUGAGCACCACCGUCACUCAAUAAUAAAACUUUUUAUAUAAGAAUUUAGGGGCUAGAGGAAUGGCUCAUUGGUUAAUAACAUUUGUUGCCCUCGAAGAGGACUCAGGUUUGGUUCCCAAAAUUGGCAUAGUAGCUCACAGCAAUCUAUAGUUCCUGUUCCAGGGGGUCUAGUUCCCUCCCCUGACCGUAGACACCAAAUUUGCACAUAGUGCACAUGCAUACAAGCAAAACACUUAUAAAAUUGAAAACAAAUCUUUUCUUUUUUUUACUGAAGCUCACAGCUGCCUGUGACUCCUUUUUUUUUUUUUUUUAAAGAUUUAUUUUAUGUAUGUGAGUACAGUCACUUUCUUCAGACACCAGAAGAGGGCAUCGGAUCCCAUUACAGAUGGUUGUGAGCCACCAUGUGGUUGCUGGGAAUUGAACUCAGGACCUCUGGAAGAGCAGUGCUCUUAACCGCUGAGCCAUCUCUCCAGCCCAAAUCUUUUUUUUUUUUUUUAAGGAACUCAUGAGACACAUGAAUCAGAAAGCUCACAAGGCAGACUCCUCCCUGUGAAAUUGAAAUUUCUGGUUUCUUUGGAAACAGUUGUGUCAUAUGACGUUUAGCUGGGGCAGACAUGUGUGAAAGGAUGUUCUACUGAAGUGGACUCAUGAGAGGAUGCCUGAUGUUUAGAAAGAAUAUAAACAUGGCCCCACAGACAGUAGGAAGAGGCUCUAGCACUGGUUCGCCUUACAAUGUGUUGCUGACCUUCGCUUGUCAUGGCUUGGUAGAGAGUUACUUGCCAAAGAACUUCUUGUAAUAUUCUGGCAGCUCCUUGAUGCCUCUGCAGACUCAGGCCCAUUGGCAGAGCCUCUGGGUUUCUUCUGGAUCAAACUGCUGUUGCAGAUUCUUGAGUGAGGAUUGCUGAAUGGACUGGAGUGCCACCGCUGUUUCGUGUUGGUGUUUUGCUAGAGGGCUGGACUGCUAACAGUGAAGAUUGGGAUCACCCCCCAAAGAGCUAUUUCUAAACAGGUCCAUGACCUCCAUUUCCUAUUAACCUUUCUUUUCCACUUCCUCUGGUGGGUGGUGGCCUAGAAGGGAGAUUAAAGUAUUUAAGAACCAUUAUUAAGGGGCUGGGGAUUUAGCUCAGUGGUAGAGCGCUUACCUAGGAAGCGCAAGGCCCUGGGUUUGGUCCCCAGCUCCGAAAAAAAAAGAACCAAAAAAAAAAAAAAAGAACCAUUAUUAAAGUAGGUUGUGAAAAAUCUAAGCUUGUGUAAAAACCUAGGGUACACGAGCAGUGGACAACCGAUGAGGAGAGAUAGUCUCUUCAUGUGGCUCUGCCUGCGUGAUGCAUAGGGAAGGCGGGUUGGGGGUGGUUUAAAUAGGAUUGGCCCUUAUAGACUAGUGUGUUGGAAUGCUUGGCCCCUGAGGAGUGGCACUAUUAGGAGGUGUGGCCCUGUUAGAGGAAGUGUGUCACUAUGCAGGUCUCAUACACAUGCUCAAGUCUAGCCAGUGUGACGCAGUCUCCUUCCUGCUGCCUCUGGAUCAAGAUGUUGAACUCUUGGCUUCUCCAGCACGAUGGCCACCCGUAUGCUUCCUGGUAUGAUGAUAAUGGACUGAACCUCUGAAACUGUAAGCCAGUUUCAAUUAAAUGUCGUUCUUUAUAAGA